AGAUUAUAUUUGGCUCCAGAAGUAAACUCUUGAUGUUGUGUAAUAAUUAUAAUUACAUUUAUUUGAUCAAAGAUGUCUCUAGUAGUCAUGAACUGUAAACAUGAAAAGUAAGAGGCAUGGCCGGCCAUAUGGGCAUGUUGUUCGACAGCUGAUCUUUUAGUUCAGUUUCUUCAAUGAAACGAAAAUAACUCGAUGCUUUGCACAUAAUACGUCUGCUGCUUACUAUUAACUGAAGCUAAAAUUAUAUAACUAUGGAGGACAAACAUGAUGGUGUAGCAAAAGUGUUGCAAAGCCCUGCAAAACAGCCUACUCCAGCUGUUCCCGUUCCUGAUUGGUCAACACCAUCACCAAGCACAGCAAAGACUACAGCACAGCCAGCAAGUUUGCUGUCCAAUGCUUCUAUGACUGUUGUUACACCAGGUUCUGCAAUAGGAGACCCGAACAUACAAUUGAAUAUAAAUAAUUGUGUAGCAACUAUAGAUGUUGGGUGUGAAUUGAAUUUGAUGACCAUAAAUUUCCGAACUAGAAAUUCAGAAUACAAUCCAGCAAGGUUCAAUGCAGUUAUUAUGAGGAUAAGAGAUCCAAGGUGUACAGCAUUGAUUUUUAGGACAGGCAAGAUUGUCUGUACUGGAUCAAGAACGGAAGCUGAUUCAUUCCUGGCUUGCAAAAAAUUUGCAAGGAUUUUGCAGAAGUUGAACUUCAAAGUGAAAUUUACAAAUUUUAAGAUACACAAUUUAUUAGCUACAUGUGAUUUACGAUUCCCCAUUAAAUUGGAGAAUUUGCAUCAGUUGCAUGGACAAUUCUGCAGUUAUGAACCAGAAUUAUUUCCAGGAUUGAUUUAUAGGAUAGUUAAGCCAAGACUUGUAAUUGUUAUUUUUGUUAAUGGAAAGUUGUGCUUCACUGGAGCAAAGAGUAGGAAUGAUAUUAAGGAAGCUUUGGAAAAUAUUUAUCCAAUUUUAAAGAGUUUCAGGAAGAACUGAUAUUGUUAUGUUUUUUUUUAUU